AUGGCCAAGGAUCUAGCAACUGUGCUGCAAAUUGGCUCCGCGGUAAGACAGAGCUUGACUUUACAUCUAUCAAGGAUCAUGGAUCAUAGAAAGGUCUUCUCUUGUUUCAAGCUUGUUUUAGUCUGUCUGCUGGGUCAUGUGGUGGCGGACUGCAAUGUUUGCCAGACGAAUCAGGCUGCCUGCAUCAACUCCACCUCCUUUUACCUGUGCUUCGGAGAUGGCACACCGCAUACGGAUAACAUUUACAGCUGUCUGGACGGCACCGUUUGCACCGCCCGCACCGCCAUCUGUGUGCAGAAGAACGCGCUGUGGCCAGCCAGCUGCGGCGACACCAGCAAAUGUGGACAAUGCAGUGCGCAUCGCAAUCAUAAGUUUGCCUGCUUGAGUCGGCACACGUUUCGGAUGUGCUAUGGAGCGGCACAGCCGACAGGCCCGAUAGGCAUUUGCCCGGCGGGCAACGCUUGCGAUGCCGAGAGCGAUGUGGUCUGUACGGUCGAGCGGGCAGGGCAAACUUUUACCUGUGACGUCCAGGAUGACCUGGUAAGCAGCAGCACAGCUAGCCCAACGACAACAAGACCCACUGAGCCCAGCUCCAUGACGGCGCAGCAGCUCUGCGAGCUCAAGGCUUACACAGGACUCUACGAGACCAGGCCACGUGAUAUCUACUGCAAACGUUAUAUAAGUUGCUACUUCAACAAGGCUGGCCAAAUAAAAGCCGUGGAAUAUGAGUGCUCCGCAAAUUCCUAUUUCGAGGCGGAAACACAGCGCUGCGUUUACAAAGCGCCAGCUAAUUGUACAGCUAGACCCUAA